AUGCCCAUCUUCUGCUCUAUCAAACAGAAACUGUCUCGGUCCAACAAGCAUGAGGAUCGGGAGGUUUUCUCUCUAUUUCGUGUCUACGGGCUGCUCUGGCGAUUCUCGACCUCCUUUGAUGUGUUACUUCAGAUACUCGGGACUAUAGCAGCCAUCGGCGCAGGCACAACUCACCCGCUAAUGACACUUGUGUUUGGCCAAUUUGUCAAUAUCUUCAAUAAUCAUGACAGCUCAAAGACUGGUCAACUUCUGGCGAGUGUGAACUCAGCGACGCUCUAUUUUGUUUAUCUUUUUUUGGCCAAGGCGGCGUUGAUUUAUGUGCAUACCGUCUGUUUCACCAUUUCGGCAGCUCGGAUAACUGCGUCGCUACGCAAGAGUUAUCUUCGCACUCUGCUCGCCCAAGAUGUUGUCUUCUUCGACAGCCGAGAUACCGGCGCAAUCACAACCAUCAUCUCCCAGAAUGCAGAAAUGGUUCAGAACGGCCUCUCUGAGCGUCUCGGGAUGACUAUGCAAGCUGUUUCCAUGUUCAUCUCUGGAUUUAUUAUCGGGUUUGUUAAGAGUUGGAAACUAACCAUAGUUACAUCGACGUCCAUACCAGCGCUCGCAGCAGCGACUUUCUUAACGCUUCAUCUAGACAUGCGCAUUCAGACGCGGGUUUUAGAGAUUCAGGCGCAAGCAGGAAUUCUGGCAUUGGAGACUUUAAAAAGUAUGAAGAUCGUCACAGCUUUCUCUGCUGUUGAAAAACUAGCGAGGCGUUAUUCUUCAUUGCUAGCUACAGUUGCGAAUCUGAGUCGUAAACGGGGUCCUUAUAUCGGUGCCCAGUAUAGUGUUGAUUAUUGUGUCCUACUCAGUGCUUAUGCCCUCGCCUUCUGGGUGAUUUUAUGCAUUAAUCAAGCAACAACUGCGUUGAUGACCCUAGUACCAUCCUUAGGGGAAGUUUCCAAAGCUGCUGCAGCGGCUAGGGACUUGCUCUCCACAAUUCAGCAGAGGCCCAAGGAAGAGUUAAACUCGCUUCCCCGGCCAUUGAAAGCCAGCUCUGGGGAAUUAGUCCUAAAUGAAGUGCAUUUCAGUUAUCCAGCGCGGCCCGAGGUACCUGUCCUCAACGGGGUAACUCUGCGCAUCAUGCCCGGCAAAAGAACUGCAAUUGUUGGUCCCAGUGGAAGCGGUAAAAGCACUAUUGUGGGGCUCAUAGAACGAUGGUAUGAUCCAGAUAGGGGCUCAGUUACAUUGGAUGGUGUAGAUAUCCGAACCCUUCCUAAGCGGUGGCUGCGGAAGCAGCUUGGGUUAGUCCAACAGGAGCCAGCGCUGUUCAAUGACACCAUUUUCGAAAAUGUGCGGUAUGGGUUGCUAGGCUCAGAGCGGCAUCACGGGUCAUCAACCGAAGAAGAGGAUAGGAGUCGAGUGCGAGAAGCAUGCAUGCAAGUUGGCAUUCAUGACUUCAUUGAGACCCUUCCCAAAGGAUAUGAUACCAAAGUUGGUGAACGUGGUGAUCUCCUGAGUGGUGGUCAAAGGCAACGAGUUGCUAUAGCUCGGUGUAUCAUCUCCAAUCCGGAUAUUAUGCUCUUGGAUGAAGCCACAGCAGCCCUUGAUCCCGCUAGUGAGAAUAUUGUCCAGGCUGCAUUGGAUUUAGUGUGCAAAAACCGUACAACCGUGGUUGUUGCCCAUAAAUUAUCCACAAUAAAGUCUGCGGAUCAGAUUGUUGUCAUGGAUCAUGGCAAGAUCAUGCAACAGGGCGACCACGAAACUUUACGACAGCAGGAUGGCAUAUACAAACAGAUGAUAUCCAACCAGGACUUGGAUAUCGACGACGAACCAGGCGUUGACGAAGAAUCAGCCGACGUCAUUAUACCCGCCGAAAGCGAAACAAUGUCAGCAGUGACGCCUUAUCAGGAGAAGUCAGAGGCCGAUAUUGAAAAGCCUAACAGUAGCAUCACUCCAACUUCAUACUCUAUACUUCAAAUCCUGUCUAUCAUCUUCUCAGAGCAGCGCAAGUCUCGAUUUCAUAUCAUCGUUGGAAUCAUAGCUUGCUUUGCUGCUGGGGCAGUCUACCCAGUCCAGGCUAUUUUCUUUGCCAAAAUGGUGACUGUGUUUUCAUAUAGCGGAGAGAUGAGACGACAUGAAGGGGAGUUUUGGUCAGGAAUGUUCUUCAUGCUUGCGGUGUCUACAUUGAUAUCUUAUGCGUUUGUCGGUCACUUCUUCACUGUCACAGCUACAAAGGUUAUCCAACACUACCAAUCACAGUACUUUCUAUCCAUGCUGAAGCAGGACUUGUCAUACUUCCAACGAAGAGAAAAUGCACCGAGUGUCCUGGCAUCACACCUUGCCACUAAUUCUGAAAGGCUACAAAAUCUGCUGGGUGUAACGCUGGGUCUUAUUCUGAUUGUUUUGGUAGACCUUGUUUCGUCUUCCAUACUCUCCUUAGUCGUCGGCUGGAAAAUCUCCCUUGUGGUUCUGUUUGGCAGUCUUCCCCCAAUGUUGGCCGCAGGAUAUGGUCGAAUUCGGCUUGAAAAUCACUAUCAAGACCAGCAGAAGGCUCUCUUUGAAGAAAGCACCAGGUAUGCCUCAGAGGCAAUCUCUGGCAUCAAAGCCGUCUUCUCGUUGGCGGUAGAGGAUGUCGUAUACCAGCGUUAUGAAGAGAAGCUCUACAAGCCACUCAAGCUAUCUCACAAACAAGCACUGGUAUCCAUGUCUUUAUUUGCCCUUGUAGACAGCAUCUAUCUUCUAAGCAUGGGGUUAGCAUUUUGGUAUGGAGGCAAGCUUCUCCUCCAAGGGGAGUACAACAGCACCCAGUUUUUUAUCGUCUUUACCGCCAUUAUAUCUGGCGGCCAGGCAGCAGCUAUCUUUUUUGGGUACACAGGAAGUAUCACCAAAGCCCGUGGAGCUGCAAAUAGAAUGUUUCAACUCCGCGACACAAAUCCAGUCAUCAAUGGCUCUACCGGUUCACAAUUCCCUGAAAGCAAAGAGGAUAAGGAUAUGAUCACAUUCAGCAACGUGGAAUUCCGAUAUCAUUUGUCAGAUGCCCGCCCAGCUCUACGAGGCCUCAAUUUCAGUAUCCGAAAAGGAGAAAAGAUUGCUCUGGUCGGACCAUCAGGGAGCGGGAAAUCGACCAUAGUUUCCCUUCUCGAACGAUUCUACGAUGCUACAUCUGGAUGCAUAUUCAUUAAUGGCCAGCCUCUCCAGUCAAUAGAUGUUUCCGCCUAUCGAUCUAAAAUAUCACUGGUCUCGCAGGAAACUCACCUCUACCAAGGGACUAUUCGAGACAAUCUGCUACUAGGAAUACCGUCAGAGUCACAAAUUACGGAUGCUGAAAUCACACAGGCUGCGCAGGAUGCAAACAUUCAUGAUUUCAUUAUUUCCUUGCCUGAAGGAUACCAGACUGUGUGCGGUGUGGGCGGUGCUAAUUUCAGCGGUGGCCAACGCCAAAGGAUCGCUAUUGCUCGUGCUCUCCUAUGUGAUCCUGCCAUUCUCCUGCUUGAUGAAGCCACAAGCGCCCUCGACUCCACGAGUGAGCAAGUAGUGCAGCAGGCUUUGGAAAAGGCUGCUGCCGGGCGGACUACGAUUUCGGUAGCGCAUCGGCUAUCGACAAUCCGAAACUCGAACACAAUAUUUGUUCUCGUGGAGGGUCAGAUCUGGGAAAAGGGUACUCAUAAAGAGCUGAUUCAACAGCAGGGUAUUUAUUAUAAGAUGUGCCAGGCACAGGCGCUUGGAGCAUAA